AUCCGAGUAGCCAAUCCUUUAAAAAGGAUGGAUAGUGGUGAAACUCAAAAUGUUUCUCCACCAAUGGAGUUUAGUCACCCCCCUGUGAAAGGGCACGAUAGGUGUGAAACAACUCCAAAUUUGAUGCAAGAAGAUCCAUCCACAGGUAUGGCAAGUCACGAGUCAUCGUGUGAAGCUGGGUCGAUACUCCUACCAGUUUCACCUGUUUCUUCCCCUUUGCAGACUCUCGUUCACCCAAGCUCUUCCUCCUCUAAAAUAUUGUUGGGUUUUGUCUCGUCUUCCCGUCCCAGGUUAAGCGGCUCUAAACGAAUAGCAUCAUGUCCCACCGAGUAUACUUGGUUUCCUAAACGUAAGAAGUCAUUUGGUCCAACCCCCAAUGUUCUAUCGUGUAAUUCUGCUUUCUUUACUUAGUUUAGGUUGUAAUCAUGCUUUUCAUUAAUAGUAUCUUUGUCAAAAAAAAAAAAAA